GUGAACUUCAAAGCUGGAUCGACACAAUGAUCGACAGAGUUGAAAGUGACUGACAUCUUUCUGAUGUUCAAUUCUCAUGACUUUAACCCGAUUCAGUAAUACUAAAUGAGGUUGAGCCCGCGUGAACACAGAUGUCAAGACUUUCUUUGUGCAUUAAUGCCCUUCUUUGUGGAUGCCACUUCACUUUUGUGGUACGCCACACAGUGCAGUCAGUGGUAGUUAGCAACGACAUACCGGAAGCUAAAGCUUACCUUUCCGGACCACAUGGCGGACCCUGACACCUCAUUGCGAGACCUCGCCGUGCAGAAGGAGCGUGAGUGGCGGGAGGUUCAGGAGCUGCGGGUCCAGGCCCUGGAGGAGGCAGUGAGGGAGAAGGACCAAAAGCUGGCGGACAGCCAAGCGCGGUUCCAGAUGCUAAAGGACGACUUCAAGUACAACCUGCGGCUACUGGCGGAGCGAGACCAGGAGCUGGAGCACUACGAUACCGUCUUUUCAGAACUGAAGGCCGCGUACCAAGCCAAGAAUGCUGAGGUGAGUGAGCUGAAAAUCUGCAUUGACGAACUGCGGAAGACGGCUGGGCGGGAGGCACAAGCUAAAGACGACCUGCAAAGGCAUUACCAGAAGAGGAUACAAGACAGACAGCAGGAGGUGGAGAAGUACAAGCUAGUCAAGGAUGCAGAGCUAGAGGCCGAGCGCGGUAACCUUAGCAACCUCAAGCGCAACCUCCAGCGACAGCUGCGCGAGGUCAAGGAGGAGCUGGACAUCCAGCGGCAGGAGCUGUCAGCGGGAUUCGACGAGGCGAUGCGCCGGCGGGAGAAUGAGUACCGGGCGCAGCUGGACGACAUGAAUGCCACUGUGCUGGCCCAUGAGAUGAAGGUGAAACUACUGAGCAAGGAGUUAGAGCUGGUCCGGACAGCCAACGAGAGGGCUUCAUCUCAACUCGGCGAUGCUGACUCUGCCGUCCAUGAGCUUCAGAAGCAGCUGAAGCAGAGAGAGUGGGAGCUGCAUGACCAGGUCAGCCUGAAGGAUGCCAGAAUUGCAGAGUUAGAGAGCCAGAAGGAGAUGAUGGAACAGUCUGUGAACAGAGCCAUGGAGGAUUUCAACAGAAAACAUGCAGAGCUGGACAAGUACAAUAGGGAGAAACAAGCAACUGUCUUGAAACUGAAAGACAGUCACAAUGAAGCUGAACGUCAGCUCCAGGAUAAGAUCCGAGAGUUAAAUGCCAAGAUGGAGGCAUCGGAGGCAGAGAGGAGGAGAGAGGAAUGGUCUUACCAAGAUGCCAUCAAGGAGAAAGAUCUCUUAGUUGACAAGCUGCAGCGUGAGGUCCAAGAUGUCAGGAGUCAUUCAGACACCCAGUUGGCCAAUGCGUCCAGAGAUACAGUCAACAAGGACCUGGUCAUCACCGGACUGAGAGAGACUCAGGGCAAACUCUCAGCAGAACUGGAGCAGAGGAAGCAAGAUGCAGAAAGAUACAAGAAGCAGCUGUCCUUAGCUGCUGAGAGGGAAGCCAACUUGGAGAGGUCCCGGACCCAGGCUGAGCUGGACUGGCAAAGACGAUGUGAGGAACUUGAGAGACAACAGUACAGCAAGUCGGAGGAGCUGAUCCAGAGAUUGACCACAGCAAGAGAUGAGGCCCUGGCCACAGUGAAGGAGAAGGAUCGCGAGAUCUCUCAGAGGGAAGAUUACAUCCGGGUCCUCACAGCCGACAGAGACCACGCCUUUGCAACUCUCCGGAAACACAAGCUACAGAUUAACAGGGACUUAUUACCGAAUAAAGAGGAUUUAGAUGAUCGGUCGGACUUUGCAUCCGAACAGCUCAGAACACUACAGGAGCAGAACGACAUGCUACGGGCCGUCAUCCAUGAGAUGAGAGAAGACAUGGAGCGGCUUGGGGAGACCCAGCCAGCAGCCAAUCAGAGUCCAGAUUCCAUUGCAGCAGGGGAUGGUGGGAAGAACAAUCCACCAAUCACCGAAGAUUACGUGAAGAUUUUGGAGAAGGAAAGCCGAGACCUGAAGCUGAAACUGAGGGAACUGGAAGAGAAAUACGAAGCCCAACGGGAAGCAAGCCGAGGGAAUGAGACAAACAGGCACAUUGUAGAUCAGAAGAGCGAUGUCGCCAUGGAUAACUCGUACAUCAGGAGUCACGUCCAAACCCUCAAUGACACCAUCGGUGCACUGCGCUCAGAGAAGGUCACCCUGUCGGCCCAGGUGAAGAGGCAGCAGGCGCGGAUCACUCACCUGGAGAGCAACAUGAACCAGCUUCAGAAGCAGCCCUAUGAGAAGCAGACUGAGAUUGAAGAGCUCCAGUACGAGCUGACCACUGCUGCUCGGCGGCAUGCCAGCGAAACUGCCUCCCUCAGGAAGAGGGUCGCUGAGCUGGAGCUGCAGCUGGCUGAAACGAGGAGAGAAGCUGACGAGUACUACAAGGGAGGGCUGCAGACAAACCUGGAGGCUACGGCGUUGGGCAAUCAGGUUUCAGCCCUCAAGAUGGAUUUAAUAUCCCAAAAGCCUGUCAUCACCGGUACUCAGCCCGCACUCGUGCAUCAACUUCAAGAUGAGAUACAUUCUCUGAAGAAGCAACUGGCAGCCAAAAGCCAAGGAGAGAGUGAGUUGGUGUUGAGGGCAAAGCUGAAGGACGCGGCCCGCCACAUCAGCCGCCUGGCGACCGAACGCCAGCAGCUCAUCCAGCUGGGCAACAAGCUGCGGUCGGAGCUGGCGAGGUACACAGGCCCUGUCCAGGGGCCUAAGGGACCGGGGACGGCAGGAUACCGGGAGGGGACAGCCACGGCAGGGCAGCUAGCUCACGACAUCAGUGGCAAACUGAGCAACUUGGAGAAACUUCAGUAUGCACUGACUAAGCAGGAGUUGCAGUAUGCCCAUCGAGGGAUGCAGAGAGAUCAAGAGACCACAGAGGUAAUUCAGGUUCAGCUUAAUUCCUCCUCGUCGGAAUCACCACCGGAGACGGAGCAAGAGAUGCAGCAGAGGGGGCCAUCCCAGCGGAGGUCAGCAGAACCACACCCUUCUGGUCCAACUGUGCCAGCCCAGCCCUCCAAUCAAUCCCAUGAGUCCCCUGGAGGAAGCAGCAAGGAGUCUGUGCCGUUGAUGAUGUCAUCCUACGGCGGGGAGUCCCUCCAGGACGUGUGGCAGAUCCUCGACGAGGGGCGGAGCCCGACGUUCAUGAGGAGCCCCACCCCACAGGCUCUCAGAUACUAUGGAACUGAUAAAUUUGGGCCCGUUUCCAGCAUUCCCGACCAGCGUCAGCAUCGAGACACAGACAGCGAUCUUGGCAUUGCCGGCACAGGGACAAGCUUACAGGCCAGGCCGACGCAAGACAAGAACAAGAUCACGAGAGCCGUGGGCAGAUCACAGCCCAAGAGAACUCCACAGAAAGCCCGUCAGAAGGUCAGGAACUAUAAUAUCAAGGACAACGGUACGAAGUGACUGGCAUCUGGUAUGCAAAUCAUCCCUCAUCACUCUGACACGAAAGUACGGUUUAAAUACUCCACAGCUGUGGCAAAUAAUUUCGCCUCAGUUCUCGACUACGAUGGUGCUGCCAUACAUACUUGCUUCUGCCUGCAAUAUCACACAUACCAUCCGUGAAGUGAAAUGUGUGAUGCAGCGAUGAUACAAAAUUGUAAAGCCUUAACCCUAACACUCCUCAGUCCUCCAACAGGUGAAGGAUUGAGGAGGGUUAGGGUUAAUCAUGGAAUGGGAUUGGACUGGAUGUCACAAUUGCAAAACUGUGGCUAGUUGUGAGUACAAAAACAGAAGAUAAUCUCAGGAAAUAAUAAAAUUCUCAAGCAAACAUCAAAACAACCAGCCACACCAAAUUUGUGAACAGAGAAUGGUCGAUAUACAUGUAUGAUGGUUAACCAUGUAGAUCUCAGAAAUAGCGUGCACUGGCAGAGCAGGCUUGGCUGAACAGUAAUGAAUUGAGUACCCUCCAACACCUUACAAACUUUGUAAGAGGGAGGCAAGAGAUGAGAACCAGUCGAGUGAGAUGAGUGCUGGCUGGGUUGUCACCACAAUAACAAGGUAGCAAAUGUGGCCUUUCAAAAUCACAUUCAUCAAC